UGUAAGUGAGCUAGAGCUCACAUCUAAAAUAUUUUGUGUAUAAAAAAAUCAAGGGAAAAAAAAACCAUUUUUUCGGCUGGUAGUGUUUCGUUAGUGCUUCAUUGAGAUUCAACAUUUUGUUGAACAACCAGCAGCAGCAGCAGCAGCGGCAGCAACAACAGACAGGAUCUCCGCGAAGGAGGAGGAGGUGAGCAGCAGGAGGAGGAGGAGGAGGAGCAGGAGUGGGAGCGGAGUUGGCUUUGUCUUGCGAGGAAGCGACCGCUGCUUGUCCAUGCCAAGCACGUCCUUUAACUGCAGCUUACGCGUCUGACAGCCGGCAACUCGAUCAUCCAUGUAUCCUUCACCAGCCACCCACUAGAAAUUGCCAGCAGCUCAGCGUCCGGCAUGUCGGACCCGGUGAUGCCUAGCGAGGAGCUGUGCUCCUCAGACUGGGUCAGCUCCAUGCCGAAUGCGGACAUCUCCAGCACAUCCAGCAUGUCCUUGGCCACCACUGCCCUGGAUUUCAUCCACAAUGGUUUUCCGCUCAUCGAACGGCGGGGUGCAGAAGCUGAGCAUGGAUCGCAGGUGGAUCCACUGCUGGAAGCAAGCCCAGCACCACAAUCCCAACCAGAACCUGAGCACAUAACAGAGCCUUUAGUUGAGCAUCCAGUUCAACUACCAGCAGAUCCUCCAACGGAACCUUCUGCUGACCUCCCAGCGGAUUGUCCAGCAGACUCUUCAGCAGAUCUUUCAGCAGAUCUUUCAGCAGAUCUUUCAACAGAUCUUUCAACAGAUCUUUCAACAGAUCUCUCAUCACAUAACCAACCAGAUUCCCCAGCAAAUUUACCAGCUGAUCCACCAGCAGUUCCUCCAGCGGAUCCGCCAGCAGACCCCGUAGCAUACAUCCCAGCAGAUAGCCCAGCACAUCUACCACCUGAUCUCCCACCAGAUCUCAGACCAGAUCCCCCACCAGAUCCCCCAUCAGAUUUGCCACCAGAUUUGCCACCAGUUCCCCAACCAGAUCCCCCAUCAGAUCUCCCAUCAGAUCUCCCAUCAGAUCUCCCAUCAGAUCUCCCAUCAGAUCCCCCAUCAGAUCCCUCACCAGAUCCCCCACCAGAUCCCUCACCAGAUCUCCCAUCAGAUCUCCCAUCAGAUCUCCCAUCAGAUCUCCCAUCAGAUCUCCCAUCAGAUCUCCCAUCAGAUCUCCCAUCAAAUCUCCCAUCAGAUCUCCCAUCAGAUCUCCCAUCAGAUCUCCCAUCAGAUCUCCCAUCAGAUCUCCCAUCAGAUCUCCCAUCAGAUCUCCCAUCAGAUCUCCCAUCAGAUCCCCCGCCAGAUCCGCAAGCAAGUUCCCCAACAGACCUCCCAACGAAUCCCCCGAAAGAUCCGCAACCAACUCCCCCAACAGAAUGCCCCGAAGAGCCACAAGCAGAGACAACACACGGUAGUGUGGACACAAAGGCCAACUCCCUUCUGGAGACGACGCCAUCGAGUGGGCUGGACGGCUCCACCGGAACGAAGAUGUCCCCGGACGCGCCUGUGUUCUAUCCCAUGGGCACCAGACUAGCACACAUACUGUCCAACGACGAGGAGCUCCGGAAUACUCCACGCAAUUCGGCACCCCUAAACUCCUUCGAGUUUGGCCUCGCCAACGGAACGGGUCCAUACAUCGGACCAGGUAGUGAUAUUCCACGGAGCUACCACUUCGUCGAUCCUGCCACCGGGGAGCGCAACUACAAUAGCUUUGGCCUGGGCAUGAACUACGAUGUGCGCCGCAAUGAUCGAGUCUCUGAUCGGCGGGAGACGGACGUACCGCCAUCGGAGGCAGUCGAUUCCUGGGGUUCCCACCUCUACGGAAGUCCGCACCCCAGACCACCAGACGAGAGUGCCUCGCCGGAGGCUACUGGAGGUGCGUCGACAGCCAGGACCAACAACAUUCGCCACUUCCUCAUCGAACCAACGGAAGCGCGAACAUCGCCGGAGUUUCCGUCCUUUGAGUCCUUUGCCGGGCAGCUGGACGACAUGGGGGUGCAACGGGAUGAGUUCAUGGCAACGCUGCGUAACCUGCUAAUACGAGCCAAUGACCUGAUGAUGCCCCUACUCCAGGGUCCCUUCAAGUACAUGACGCCCAUCCAGAUGGCCGAGUACACCAGCGCCAUUUUGGAGACACCGCCGCUGCAUCCGAGUAUCUUCAUGCCACCGAAUGUGCCACGUCCCUGGACGGGUCUCACUGGUCUCAAUCUGCCCUACGACAUCCAUCCGAAUAGUCUCACGCCCGAGGAUCUGGCACGCGUCCAGGGAGUGCCCAAGUCAGUGGACGCCGCCACUCAGACGGAAUUCCGUUGCAUGUGCAUGUUCUUCGCACAAAGAGGAUCGGCGUCGGCGUCGGCUUCUGUGCCACCGCCACCACCUGGGCCGCCGCCACCGCCUGUGCCGCCUGGUCCACCUGGACCACCUGGACCACCGGGUCCGCUUGCCUUCUAUCCAGGAUCACCUAUUAACACUCCCCGAAUGCAUAGGGCACACGGCGGAGGAGGACCCAGUGGACCGAGAAUACCGCAGCCAUAUCCGCCAGUUUCUGGGCCAGGUGGCUCACAGAGUGGUGGACCACCACCACCACCACCACCACAACUGCCGUUUGGCUUCUGGGGCAGGCCCAUGCCAAUGGCCAUGCAUCCCAAUCAUGUUCCGCAUCCUGCAUCGCAUCGCAUGCCCCGGCCGCCGCAUCCACAGGCCGCCUUCCCUCAUCACCAUCCACCACCGCCUCAUCCGCAGGCGCAUCCCCAUCCGCAGGCGCAUCCCCAUCCGCAGGCGCAUCCCCAUCCGCAGGCGCAUCCCCAUCCGCAAACGCAUCCGUAUACGCAUCCCCAUCCGCAGGCGCAUCCCCAUCCGCAGGCGCAUCCCCAUCCGCAGGCGCAUCCCCAUCCGCAGGCGCCUCCCCAUCCGCAGACGCAUCCCCCUCCGCAGGCGCAUCCACAUCCCCAUCCCCAUCCCCAUCCGCAUCCGGGAAUGCAGGCGGGUCAUCCGACGGUGCCGACGCACAGUUCACAGCCGCACCACCGGCAGGGUGGAGCAAUGCGCCACCACGAGGGCGGCUAUAGGGGCUACCGCUUCCAAGGUCCCUACAGUCCACGCAACCAGGCGAACCAAUGUCGCUAUGGUGCCAUCGGCAGCGGGCGUCCCAGCCAGAAUAGUGACGGCAACUAUACGAACUACAGCAACGGAGGAGCCCCGCUCUAUGUGAGCACACCGAGUGGCAGCCAUCAGAUGGCACCUGGUGUGUCCCAUCCCCGCGUCAAAUUGGUCCAUCCCAUUGACAUUGAGCAGCUGAGACUGAACCUGGAUCCACCGAGCGAUGAGACCACUGCAGAUAGGCAGGAGAUACCUUCGUCCUCGUCGGGCACCGAUUCGUCGAACACCGAGAUGGAGCGCCAGGAUAGCGAGGAGAGCAGCUAUGUGGAGGGUGAGAAUGCAUGCGAGGAGGACGACGCCGAAGAGGUGGGAGAGGAGGUUGACGACGACGAUGAUGAGGAGGAGCACGAGGAAGAGGAUGAGAACGGGGAUGUGGAUGCGGAUGAUGCGGAGGUCACGGAACCAGAACGCAAUGGCAUCGUCUGCCAGCAGCGGCCCAGCACGCUAUCCAUUACCGAUUCCCGGAGUUACAGUUUCGGUGAGGUCGAGUUCAUGAACUACGUGAUGUCGGAGACUCCCAUAUUGCCCAAUCCCGGCCAGCAGCCGGGCUCCAGCGCCACCUACACGGAGCACCAUUUGCCGCAAACGCCACGCGGCAACCUGCCCUGCGCCCAGGUCACCCCCAAUGUGAUUCCAAGCCAUUUGCCAGCCCAUCGCCCUCCGCGGGAUCAGUCCGAUCAGCAGGUGCUGCCUCCCUUGCCCCAGAUGCCGCCAAUGCCACCGAUACCUCCGAUGCCAGAGCCCGUUGCCGUGUCUUCCAAUCCCAGUAGACGUCGGGCCGGUGCUGGUACUCAAUCCAAGAUGCCCUCGACUUCACAGGAACACUAUAGUAGUAACCAGUUCAAUCCGAUGGACGUCCAACAGCAGCGGCCCAAUCCCGACUACAAUGCAGCUAUGAUGGGCCAGGAGCAGCCGGGUACCAGUACCAGUGGCAUUUAUAUGAGGCCACCUCCUCCACCGCAUCCACCACAUCCACCACCACCACCGCCACAGAUGUACCCGAUACGGCAGGAGAGGCCCAUGGCACCGAUCCUGUUCGAAGUGGGCGGCAAUCUCGGUCACAGCGCCGGCCCGUCCAUGAUGCAGAACGUCAAUGGUGGCCGGUAUGGUCAUGGUCGCGGUCGUGGACACGGUCCAAGUCCCAGUCGUGGCACCCACGGCCAGAAUACCUACGGGCAGAUGGCCCAUCCGCUACACCAGUCACAUCCGCCACAUCCGCCGCAUCAGCCACAUCCGCCGCAUCAGCCGCAUCCACCGCACUACGGAAUGCCCUUCAAUGGAAACAUGGGCCCGAAUAUGAUGGCUCCACAUAUACGCGGCGGUCCGGCUAUGAACCAUAUGAACCACCAGGUGAACCACCACAUGAACCACAUGGGCAGGGGCAUGGGCAUGGGCGUCGGACUGCUGCCGUUGCCGCUGCAGAUGCUCAGUCCAAGUCGGAUGGAACAGCCCGGCAUGGGCAUGCAGCAGGGCAUGGCCAUGAACAUGCCACCGCCCACUCACAUGAGUCCGCGGCACAAUGUCAAUCCCUAUCACCCGAGUGCUAGCAACCCGGACACGAACAAGAUGCCGCCAGCUGGCGCACCUGUCAGAGUCAACGCCGAGAUGCAGCAGCAUGUCCGCGUUGCUCCCGAUCCUCGCCAGAGUUUCGAUGGCAAUGUGGGUGUGGCACGUGGCCACAGGCCACGUAAUCGCCUCUCGAGGUAUUCCUCGCCAGCCACGCCCAGAUCCAUUCCCCAAAAUGUAGCUCCUGUCCAGGAUGUCCAGGAUCUCCAGGGUGGCACACCCAACAACAACCAGAGCAACAACAACCAGAGCAACAACAACCAGAGCAACAACAACCAGAGGAACAACAACCAGAGCAAGAACAACCAGAGCAAGAACAACCAGAGCAACAACAACCAGAGGAACAACAACCAGAGCAACAACAACCAGACUGCGGAGCAAUUGGAAUCGUCACCAUUUGGAACGCAAUCGGAUAAGGAUGAGGAUGAGGAUGAGUAUGAGGACGUGGCUGGAGCGGCACGGAAUCCCAUCCAGUCCGGCUGGAGUCCACUGCGUCCGUUGCUGAUGCGCGGCGAUAAGCACGUUUUCAAUUCGCACACGGAGCAGCAGGAGUAG